UGGACUUUUCUUAAGUCGACUAACGCAAUUAGUCAACGUGAGGAGAGUCAUCCACUACCUUCACGUUAGUUCUUUCUCUCGAUCUGCAGUUUCACUGUUCUUUUUACAAUACUCUAAACACAAAAAAGAUAUCCAGCUUUAGCAGUUUCAAGUUUGAGGGAUGAUGGGUAGAGCCUUACUAUCUUCUUUCCUUUCUGAUUUGGUAGACAACAUAAAACGUAUCAUCACCUCUCAAACUAAAGCUAGUACGGUGACACCACUGCAAAUGGUCAUGUCAACAUUGUUAGCCCUUGAUGCUGUGGUUGAUUCUGCAGAAGAGAAGCAGUUUAGAGGAGGAAGAAGUGCACAAGUAGUGAAGAAGUGGUUAAAUAAAGUACAAGAUGCUUUAUACCAAGUGGAUGAACUGCUGCUGCAGAUUUUGACCCCCAUCAGUUCUACUCCAGAUCUGCACCCGCUGCCGAAGGAUUUCAUGGAGCAAAUCCUUGAUACCCUCCCGAACUUAGAAUCUCUGGUGCAACAGAUUGAUAUCCUUGACUUAACUUUUGAGCCUGCUAUGAAGAGAUGGAUGAAAUCCAGCGGAGGUUUGUAUUCAACUUCUGCUGUGUUGGAUAAGUAUCCGGAAUAUGAUUUCUUUGUAAGAAAUGCAGAAGUGGAGUCUAUUUUGGAUUACCUGUUAUCAACUAGUACUGAAAAUGAACAACAUAUCAAGAUGAUUAACAUAGUGGGAUUAGCUGGGGUGGGUAAGACUGCCUUGGCUAAUGUUCUCUUCUCCAACCACAAGGUGACGGAUUCUUUUGAAAUAAUAGCUAAAAUCUUUGUGUCCAACACAGCUACUAGCUUGAUGGUUAAGGAUAUUCUCCAGCCAGGCUUUGGAAAUUUUUAUGGUGACCAUGAUUUGCAUAAGUUAUGUGAGAUAUUGGAGUCAAGAUGUCGUGGGAAGAAAUGUCUAUUGGUGUUGGAUGACAUCAUCAUUGAGGAUAGAUUACAGGACUGGAGGAAGCUGAUUGCUUCCUUCGAAACUGGAGCAGCAGAAGGGAGUGCCAUAAUCCAUACAUCCAUUCCUCAUCGUGAUCCAAUGCUAUUCAAAUUUAUGGUACAUGAGAUUCAUACUGUGCAUCUGGAUUUGCUGUCAAUAGAGGAUUGGUUGUCAAUCUUUAUGGGGCAUGCUUCUAGGCAGAGAAACAACGUUGGUGAACUCCCAAAAGAACUAUCAGCAGUUGGAGAAAAAAUCGUCAACAAAUUGGGAGCUCUUCCCUUGGCUGCAAAAAUGACGGGCAGCCUUUUGCAAGAUAAGCUGGAUUUGAAUCCUGGAUGGGAUAAGAUACUGAGUGAAUUUCUGGAUGAUGUGAAUCUUCUUUCCAUUGCUUUGGAUACAGCUGAUGGUGAUGCGAAUCUCCCCAUUCCUUCAUUUCUAGUGUUGUGCUAUCUCGAUCUCCCCGCACCGGUUAAACGGUGCUUUGCAUAUUUGUCAUUAUUUCCAAAGUCUUACCACUUCAGGAAGGAGGAGCUGAUCUGCCAGUGGAUGGCUCAUGGCUUUCUGAAAUAUAAUGAAUCUGGUAAAAGCAUGGAAGAUGUUGGGGAUGAAUAUUUCGGUUAUCUCAUAAAACGGUCUUUCUUGCAACCUGCCUUUGGUUAUCAUGAUACAUUUAUGAUGCAUGAUCAUGUUCAUUACUUGGCAAUUUACGUGUCUGGAGAAUCAUACAAGCACCAUUUGUGUUAUGAUGGAAGGAUAAAGGAUUUUGCACUAGAAUCUAUUCCCAAACAUGGAAGAUCUUUGAGAACAAUUAUGCCAGUACAUUUGGGAUUUGAACGGGAAAGAAGUGAGUUCGACCCCAAUCUGUGGGAGCGUGUGAUUACGAAGUUGAGUAAGCAUGUCUUCCAGGCCUUAUCUUUAUCACACUAUAAGAUCACUAGCUUGCCUGCUUCAAUAGGAGGAUUGACACAUCUUUGCUACCUUAAUGUUUCUUACACUGACUUAAAGGAGAUCCCAGAUUCCAUCUGUGACCUGCUUAAUUUGCAGACACUUCUACUGAUUGGCUGCCGUUCCCUGACAUCAUUGCCCGACAGACUAUGUAAUUUGGUAAAGUUGCGUCGCCUUGAUUUCCAUGGAAGCAGCUUACGAAGGAUGCCUCCAGAUAUUCACAAUUUGACAAGUCUCCGUGUAUUGACACACUUCAUUGUUUCCGAGACCGGGCCAAGACUCGGACAUUUAGCUGGACUCUCCAAUCUCAAACGUCUGGAUAUUUCAAGCUUGCAAAACGUGGGACAUUUUAAGGAUGCUUCAGAUGCCAAACUGAGAGAGAAGAAGGGCCUUGCUGAUCUUCGGCUUUCAUGGGACCAUUAUCUCAGACGGAAAGGGAAUGAAAUGGAAGUGCUCGAGAAUCUAGAACCACACCAAGACUUGAAAUUCUUAGUAGUUGAUUCUUAUCGCGGUUCAACAUUCCCGAAAUGGUUGGGGGACCCAUCUUACUCGUCUCUACAGAAUCUGUAUCUCUAUGACUGUGAAAACUGCGAGUCAUUGCCGACACUGGGACUGCUGCCGACUCUUAGGGAGCUCGCUAUUGGAGGGUUCACAAAAGUAAGUUCCGUAGGCCCUGAGUUCUACGGGGAGAUGACUGCUUCGCAGAAACCGUUUCAAUCUUUAAAGGUUUUACGGUUUAUGCAUAUGCCUGAAUGGAAAGAAUGGAACAUAGGUAUCGAGUUCCCACAUCUGGUUAAUCUUUGUAUAAUUCGGUGUCCCAAGCUAGUGGGAGAUUUGCCUAAGGAACUUCCUUCUUUAAACAAGUUGGAGAUCAUUGAAUGUACUCGCCUUGUGGCUCCGUGUCUGAUUGUUUCCAAUACUUGUGAAGUGAUUCUACACAAAAGCCAUGUAACUGUAAUUAGAAACAGCCACCUAGAUACAGAUACAGUUUCACAAAUCACACUAAAACCCAACAACUCUGGUUUUCGAGGCAGAUCCAUAUUAAACAGAUCUCUUCUUGGUUUUUCUUCAGAUACAGCAAGCUCCCCAGAGCCAAAAGAGACUUCCGCAGUCAUGCAAAGUCAUCAUGUUGAAGCUAAACCAGACUCAAAAUCUUCAAUGGCUAAAGCUGAUAUUCCAAUCACCACUCAAGCAACUGUCAUUCCUUCCACAACAGCUCCUUUCAAGGCAGAAACUUUGUCCAAUGAAGAAGCAGGUGAAGUACUAAAGGUUUCAACUAUAUCACAAUUGAAGUCAUUGCCGCCCACGCUGCACACCCUGAAAAUUGAAGGGUGCGAGUCCUUGGAGGCCAUACCCAACGAUUUACUAGCAGGAUUAACUGCUCUCAAGGAGUUGUAUGUCAUCAAUUGUGGUUCUCUUACAUCCCUCCCUUCCCUUGGUUCUGUCACAGCACUUUACAUACGUAACUGCAGAAGAUUACAAAAUCUGUCAUCUUCUGAAUCAGGAAAGCAGCUUGCCUUUCUCCACCAUUUGUCCAUUGGGAGUAAUUGUGAUUCUCUCGCAACUUUGCCCUUGAACCUCUUCUGGCAACUCAAAACUCUCUGCAUAUGGGAUUGCCCCAAUCUUCAAUCUUUCCAUUUAAGUGGAGAGGCUAGAUAUGAUCUUACAUCUCUCGAGUCACUGGAGAUUAGAGAUUGCCCAAGGUUGAAAUCUUUCCCAGAGAAAGGGCUGCAUGCUCCAAGUCUAGUAUCUCUUUUACUUUCGAAUUGCGAAUCUCUUGAAAAACUGCCCAAUGCUAUGGACUCUCUUGUAUCUCUCAAGUCAUUAUUUUUACAUAGAUGUCCACGGGUUGAAUCUUUCCCACCUGGGGGUUUGUCUUCAAGUUUAGUUUUUCUAUCAAUAGCAUCUUGUGAAAAGCUUUGGCCAAGAAAGGAUUGGGGGCUGCAUAAUCUCAAAUAUCUCAGUAGAUUUGAGCUCGAAGGUGGAUGCAUCGGCAUGGAGUCAUUUCCAGAGGAGAACUUGCUUCCUUUCAAUCUUGAUUCUCUGUCUCUAAGUACGCUGAAGCAUCUCAAAAAGCUGGACAACAAGGGGUUUCAACACUUGAAUUGUCUUCGGUCACUUGAAAUCCAUUGCUGUGAAAUGCUUCAAUCCUUGUUUGAUGAAGGGUUCCCUUCUUCCCUGGAGCAUCUUUGUGUCCAAGAAUGUUCCUUGUUGACUCCAAAACUUAAAUCCAUGAGUGGGGCCGAAUUGCACAAGAUGGCUCAUAUCCAACACAUCCAAAUUGAUGGCCAAAUACUCUACUGAGGUUGGAAGCACCUACUAGCCGAUACAGCAAAAAUAGACAAAAUGUUUAUGUAAUCUGUAUCUGCUUAGAUUCAAAAAGUGCCUAUGUUGAUCUAAUAAUAAUGAGACAGCUUUAACUAUAUGUUCUGUUUCUUGUCUUGGAUAUAUGUUCAUUUGAGGUUAAGAGGAGUUUGGUAUAGACAUUGCCGAUGUAUGAGGCCCAUAU